GAACCGAACCGCAUGGAACCGAAUGACGGUACUUUGGGCCGAUAGCAUCCAAGCACGCAUCCUGAACACGCAUCGCCAACAUCCUACAACCGCAGUCGCUGGCUGGCUAGAGACUAUCCUCCUUGAGCAAUUCCUCGGGCUCAAGACCGCUGGAGGGCGACCACCGAAUUUUCCGUUUGGCACUGUUCGCCCGAUUUCGCUGUUCUCCUGGGCGCAUUUGCGGAUAGACUCGACCAAGCCCCCACGAUGGCCUCCGACGACCGCUCAAACCACCUAGCCGAGUCUGGCGUGACAAUACGGUCCGACAGCGAGCAGUACUCAGGCGGAGAAGAUAUUUCCACCUCGCCCCCUUCAUCCUCAUCCCCCGCCAUCAUACUUUACCAACCCCCAACCGUCUGGUCUCUUCUCCGGGGCGCCGCCAUAAACCUGCUGCUGCCUUUCGUCAACGGCGUGAUGCUGGGAUUUGGCGAGCUUUUCGCCCACGAGGCGGCUUUCAGACUUGGCUGGAGCGGCACUAGGAUCUUUCCUCUUUCUCGGAGGUCAAGACACCCCGCCGGUCCUGGAAUCGAAGUUAUAGACAGACCGCGACCAUCAACAGGACUCCAGGACCUGACAAGCCUGGAAUGAUUGGAUACGCCCGGUCCUCUUCAUUGCCCCAAGGUAUUCCAAAGGCAGCAUAGCUAGCAUCGCCCUGGUGGAUUUGGACCAUGGAAUGAUGGACUGGCUCUCCCUAAGAGCAACGGCCAUUUGAGGCUCGGCUCUUAGUAAUCCGUGGCACGUAGAGAUCUGCGUUGGUCUCCAUCAAGCCUGCAUGUGUUUAAACAGAGCCGGCUCGGUGGGCAACUGUUCGUCCGAGGUGUGCCUAGCUUUGUGUAAAAGUCUCCAAAUACCAUCUAGGCGAGUUGAGUUGGAAAGAGAAAAGAUAGCCUAAAAGUUAGGUUAGAUUUUAUGGAGGUUGAUGUAUCCGUCUAUGUGAGGGUCUUGGUGUUGUUAUAACACCCAUUCAAAGGCUGUUUGCUGUCAGGUUUACUCUCUCCAUGUGCCAUGCGAG